UUAUCUUCUCCUCCCAAACUUUUCUUACCUUCCCUGAAAGUCAUGACAAGUCUCAGUGAGACUGGACGGAGAGAAGCCAGAAGGGCUGUGUGCAGCAGGGAGGAGGGAACCAGCCUGACGUCCAGCUGCAUGAAUCGCUAACUGAGCGGCUGAGAGAGCCAGGUGUUGAUUUGAAGCUGCGUGUGUGCUGAAAGGUCCCAGUCCUGAAAAAUGACUCAGUCGGUGCAAGUAAACCCAAAGCUUCCUGAUCUGGGCUCUCCAUUCAUCUACUCCAGUCAGGAGGAGGCUGACCAGCCUGGCUCCUACUCUGUCCAGACUCCGUAUGGUUUCCAGCUGGAUCUGGACUUCCUCAAAUAUGUCGAAGAGAUAGAAAGUGGGCACAAUCUCCGUCGAGCCCCGGUCAGCUCCCGGCGCUCUGGUCGAGGGGUCAAACUCUCCCAGAGGAGUCCAAGUGUGGGGGGACGUACCAGUGGCUGGACAUCCACAGAGUCUCUGGCAUCACCGGCCAGUGAGGAUGGCAGAGCUCCUCCACCACCGCCACCACGCAACCGCCUUGGGUCAGCACCCUGUGAAGGGCUCUGUCUUUCCCCCGUGACCCUCCUAAAUGCUUCUCCGCUGUCUGCUGGAGCCAAAGUGCCGCCCCCUCCACCGCAACGCAACCCCAGAGUUGAGCGGACUCUUCUAGAAACUAGCCGGCGGCUACAACAGGAGCAAACCCACCAGCACCAGAAUGGUGGGCGCUUCCAGCUUGCAGAUCCUCCCAAACAGCGCUUACCCUCUCCAUCUACUCAGCCUCUGCAGACUAGCUGGACUAAACCCAGUCCUCAGACCUCUGGGCUCAGCACUCCAGCUGCUAGCAACACAAUGACUCCAAUCCCACCCAGCCAGCUGCAGACAGUUAGAGAGCAGAUGGCUACAGCCUUGAAACAGCUGAAGGAGAUGGAAGAGAGGGUAAAGGGUGUCCCUGCACUUGAGAAAGAAGUGGCCAAGCUUCGUGCAGAGAAAGACAUGCUCCUGUUAGCCCUUCAGGAGAAGAAAGUAGCCAUGGAGACGGACCAGCAGAAGCAACCAUCCACAGAGUCUUCUACCCAAACCACAGAGACCCUUCAAACGAUCCACAGUCGAUUGGUUGCACCAACCUCGCCUGGACAUAAAGGCCUUGGAAAAUCUGGUGAGCUGAAAAGGCUGACUGAGAAAUUUGAAGGGAGGGAAGAGAAAGCUGCAGAACCUUCAUCAAAGGUUUUAGUAAAAGCUCCAGAAAAAGUGGUUGUUGAAAAGAAAUCCGUGGCUGUUGGGGACAGCAUGCCAAUGGACUCUGUUGUUUUCUACUACAGCCAGGGUAUGAAAGAUGCUUCUGAGGACACCAGGGUAAAUGUUUGUGAGAAAGGCACUGGAACAGAGUCGCCUCUGGUUCAUGAGGAGGGAAUACAGGCCAUAGUGGAGACGGAAGAGGCUGAGGUUUGGGUUAUGGAGUCGCUACUUGGGCUGACGAGCGAGGCACAGCGGGAGAUCGACACCUUACAGGACACCAUUAAAUUCCAACAGGAGUCCAUUGUGGCUCUAGAGGACCGGCUCAGUGUGGCUGACAAAGACCUGCUGAGCCUUAAAGCCCAAGUGGAGGAGAAAACCUCCAAAGUUACAUUCGAGAAGGGGGUUCUUGCAAAACCAGACACAAUGGAGGUCCAGGUAGAGACAUUGACUCCUGCUUUGAAGCAUGCUGCAGUCUUUUGCUGUCCUGAGUUCAGCGAUGCAUGUGUAGGUGAGAGUUUAACAACAGGUCAGAUUGAACAAGGCACCCAGACUGAUGCUUUAGUGGAAACGGCAGAACCAGCUCCUGUUGCAGUGGUCAGCACUGGGUGCCAAUGGGAGAUCUUGUUUGAGGAAAAGAUGGAGGAGCAGAAAGUGCCAAAGAAGAGACAAAUGACCAUUGCUGACUACAAGGUCUCACCAGAAGAAGUGGUCAGUAUGGCAGAGAAGAAAGAGGAAGAACAAGGAGUGAAGACUGCACCCAGCAACACCAAGACGGGUAUGCUGAAAUCAAUCAUGAAGAGGAAGGAUGGGAGUAACUCAGGCGAGAAUCGCACCACCGGCAAGAAGAGCCUGCAGUUCGUUGGCAUUCUAAAUGGAGGGUAUGAAUCUACAUCCAGUGAAGAAGAAGAGGAGGAGGACGAAGAGGAGGAGGAAGAUGGGAGUUCUUCUGCAGAAAGUGGAGAAGGCGAGUGCCUGGACAGCACAGAGGAGGAUGAGGCGGCUCUGGAGGAAGAAACAUCUGAAGAGGAGAGAAACGUCAACCUGGAUGAGAGUGACACUGAUGAGGAAACCCUGAGAGCCACAAAUUAUUCAUCUGAUGCUGUGAAAGAGAAAUUUGAGCUGAGCUCAAAAAUGCGUGAAGCCUGCCUUAUCUUGAAGAACCACCUGAACGAUGACAUUAAGACACUGAAGAGUAAGGAAGUGCUCUCCAGCACCCACACGGUCCAGCUCGAGUGGUUCCGUAUCUCUAGUGCCAAGAUGGCUCAGCCUUCACGGGUCUCGGACUACCUGAUGGCGUUCUCUGAGGUGUCAUCAGUGCUACUGGAACACGUAGUCAACAUGACCGACGGCAACGGCAACACGGCUCUCCACUACAGUGUCUCCCACUCUAACUUCGGUGUGGUGGGGCUGUUGCUGGACACAGGUGUGUGCAGUGUGGAUAAGCAGAACAAGGCGGGCUACACGGCCAUCAUGCUGGCUGCUCUCUCUACUGUGAAGGAGGAGGAUGACAUGGCUGUGGUCAAGAAGCUCUUCGGUCAGGGCAACGUUAACGCCAAGGCCAGCCAGGCGGGCCAGACAGCGCUGAUGCUAGCUGUUAGCCACGGUCGGCAGGAGAUGGUGCGGGCACUACUGGAGUGUGGCGCCGACGUCAACGUGCAGGACGACGAGGGAUCCACGGCUCUGAUGUGUGCUAGUGAACACGGCCGUGCUGAGAUCGUCAAACUGCUCCUGGAACAGCCUGGUUGCGACAUAUCCAUUGUUGAUAAUGAUGGCAGCAAUGCUCUGUCAAUCGCACUGGAGGCGUCUCACAACGACACAGCUGUGCUGCUCUACGCCCAUAUGAACUAUGCCAAGACCCAGCCUGCUGUGGGGAGUCCCAAGGCCCAGCCGAGGAGCCCCACCAGCCCCCACAAACCCUGGCCUUCAGACUGACAAACAUCAGUUCGACCUCACGUAUGAGGACAGACCAGCAAACAUAACUGGAUCUGAGCUGUGAAAAGCUCCACUGGAAUUUACUUAAAUAUAUAUGUAUUUAUAUAUUGCCAUAUGUCCUGCAUUUAUAAGUAUUGUUGAUAUGAGAAUAUUAUUUUUCCAUAAAAGUCGUGAAUAGUUAUAUUAUAUACUUGACUAAUAUGAGCUCCUAGCAUGUCUACAUUUGGUCUCCAGCACGUUUUUUCAGGAGAUGAGACCUUACAUUUAUUAUUUGCACUCCACUAAUAAUUUACUGUUAAGGGCACCACACACUGAUGGUAUAUGAUGCAUGUUAAAAAAAAACGUAUAGCAAAUCCCAGUGUUGGUGCUGAAGAAAAUGUAUCAUACUGGCACAUCCUGGCUACUCUACCUUGACUACUUCUGUCCGCAUGUCCUGCGUGUACUACGGACAUCAAAUGACAUGACACAGUGCAUGUGUGUUGCCCUCAAGUUUUCUCCUUUCUGUCCUGUCUCAGUUAACUGAUCUGUGAACCUCUUUACCUUCAUAGUCUGCACUAACUGUCUGUGCAUUGUAUGUCCAUAUAAAUAUAUACAUAAGUAUAUAAACUGUAUAUUCAUGUCUGAAAUAAACAUAUUUACAUUUAGUGUA